AUCCACGGAUGUUGCUCACACUCCCCACUUAAAAGGGCAAAAAAAUGUCCUCAUCGGCGCCGCCGCCGUCGUCUCUUUCGUUCUCAUCUUCCCUAUCAUCGUCCUCCGAAAACUACCGGCAUCUCCACUACCAUCGCUGCAUUCAUUACCGCAUCAUUUCUCCUCGUUUCUUAUUCCGAUGUGCAAUUACGUCAGCUUCAUCAGUCGCUGCACCAAAGAAGAAGAAAAUAUGGAGGCAAGGGGAGUACCCCGGCAACGUGCCGGAAAAUUCGAGCUUUGACAUGAAGAAGAGAAGAACACCGAUUAAGAACAUUAAGAAGAAGCUGGAUCGUAAGGAUAACCUUAAUCCGUGGGUAAAAACGGUUACCGAGGCCUUAUCCGAUUCUAUCAACACAAAGCAGUGGUUAAGAGCCCUAGAGGUAUUUGAAAUGCUGAAGGAACAGCCAUUUUAUCAACCAAAGGAAGGAACUUAUAUGAAGCUCAUUGUUCUACUUGGCAGAUCUGGGCAACCCCAACAUGCCCGAAAAGUGUUUAACACGAUGAUCGAAGAGGGACUGGAACCCACUGCAGAACUCUACACGGCAUUGCUUGCUGCUUACUGCCGGAGUAAUCUCAUUGAUGAGGCAUUCAAGAUUCUUGACCAAAUGAAGAACCUUCCUUUUUGCCAACCAGAUGUUUAUACAUUCAGUAUCCUGAUCAAGGCUUGUGUUGAUGCUUCUCGAUUUGAUCUCGUUGAAUCUCUCUAUGAACAAAUGGGUGAAAGAUCAAUAACUCCAAAUACGGUCACCCAAAAUACAGUUCUCGCUGGCUACGGAAAGGUCGGGAAGUUUGAUCAGAUGGAGAAAGUGCUUCUUGGGAUGCUAGAUAGCAGUACAUCUAAACCAGACGUGUGGACAAUGAACACGAUUCUCAGCCUGUUUGGCAACAUGGGUCAUGUUGAAACGAUGGAGCAAUGGUAUGAGAAGUUCAGAAACUUUGGAAUCGACCCAGAAACACGAACCUUUAACAUCCUGAUUGGUGCAUACGGAAAGAAAAAGAUGUACGAUAAAAUGUCAACAGUGAUGGAGUACAUGAGAAAGCUCUCGUUUCCAUGGACAACAUCUACUUACAACAAUGUGAUAGAAGCAUUUUCAGACGUGGGUGAUGCAAAGAACAUGGAGUACACGUUCGACCAGAUGAGAGCAGAGGGUAUGAGGGCCGACACCAAGACCUUUUGUUGUUUGAUUAGAGGUUAUGCAAAUGGGGGACUAUUUCAUAAGGUGAUAAGCGUCGUUCAGUUAGCUGGGAAAUUGGAGAUACCCGAGAACACGUCUUUUCAUAACGCAGUAAUAUACGCUUGUGCAAAAGCGGAUGAUCUGAUGGAAAUGGAGAGAGUUUUCAAGAGGAUGAAGGAUCAGCAAUGUAGACCAGAUGCAACAACCUUCUCUAUGAUGGAGGAAGCUUAUAAAAAGGAAGGCAUGAAUGACAAGGUUUAUGAUUUGGAACAGGAGAAACAAAGGAUGUUGAAUUCCAAUAUGAUAUUUGUUUAAUCAAAAGUUGUAUUGUAUAUAGAGGUUUGUUUAGAUUUGGAAAAACCAAAGUUAUCAGCCAGUGUUUUUGUAUGUGUACCAACAUCUUCAUCCUCAUUAAC